UGCAACACGCACACUUACAUCCAUACACACUGUAAGAUCCUCACUGUGUGGACAGGAAAUGGAGUUAAAGUAGGCGCACUUCAUCACCUUAUGGACUAAACGCAGUGACUGUCGCUUCGGUUUUUGUGAACUUUACGCGCAGACACCCAGGAAAGAAAAUGUGGAGAUACACUAACUUGUUCGCCUGUCUGCUGGUUCUGUGUAAGGAUGCGUCUUCACAGAGCAAGAUCUUUGGGGAGACCGAGCCGGUCCGGAUGACGUCAGAGGGCUCAGACUGUCGCUGCAAGUGCAUCAUGCGCCCUCUCAGCAAGGACGCCUGCGUGCGGCUGCGGAGCGGCAGCGUACGUGUGGAGGACUUCUACACUGUGGAGACGGUCAGCUCCGGAUCUGACUGUAAGUGCUCGUGCACGGCCCCGCCCUCCUCCCUCAACCCCUGUGAGAAUGAAUGGAAGAUGGAGAAGCUGAAGAAACAGGCACCCGAGUUACUGAAGCUCCAAUCCAUGGUGGAUCUUCUGGAGGGAACUCUUUACAGCAUGGACCUAAUGAAAGUGCACUCCUACAUCAACAAGGUGGUGUCUCAGAUGAACACCCUGGAAGAGACGAUCAAGACGAACCUCACACGAGAGAAUGAAUUUGUUCGAGACAGCAUGACGAGCCUCACCAACCAGUUCAAGAGAUAUGACAACUACUCCAACAUCAUGAUGAGCAUCAAGAAGGAGAUCUCCAGCCUGAGCCUGCAGCUGCUGCAGAAGGACUCCUCUGAGAACAAAGCACAGGACACCAAUGAUGAGAAAACCAAGGAUGCAGUAAAAACACCCAACAAAAAGACUUCUGCGGCCAAGCUUCCACCCAAACCGCCUAAAGAAAAAGUCGUGAAGCCCAAGAAAGAGGUCAUUAAACCUGGGAAACUGACCAAGCCUGACCCUACAGCCAAAGCCAAGGUGGUUGGCAACCAGCCCGGUGUGGUGAGGGGCAUCACAUAUUACAAGGCUGCCAAGAGCGACGAGGAUGAGCACAGAGGAGAUAAUUCUGCCAAGACGUACACAGUCCAUCACAUCACGGAAAACCAGUCAGAGGAUGGAGGAGCUGAAAUGGUCUUGGAAACAUUGGACGCCACUGUGGCUGAACCCACAGCCACCACUACAGUUCCCACCACUACAACUACCACCACCACCACCACAACUAUGGGCACCACAACUACACCCACUACUACACCCACUACGAUCACCACACAAAGCACACCAGAAUCUGAAAGACCAGCUCCGACAAUUGUGCUGGUGCUGGACAACUCCAACAACAACAGUCGGCCCACUCUCCACAGAGCAGGGAAGAUCCUAAACUGUGAAGGCACUCUGGCAUCCAUCGAUCAACCAGAGAAGCAGCACAGUUAUGGGCGCAACGAGGGAGCCUGGAUGAAGGAUCCUCUGGCUAAAGACUCCAAGAUCUACGUCACUAACUAUUACUAUGGCAAUAACUUGGUUGAGUUCCGCAACCUGGAUAACUUCAAGCAAGGCCGAUGGAGCAACCUCUUCAAACUGCCUUACAACUGGAUAGGCACAGGCCAUGUGGUCUACAAUGGAGCCUUCUACUACAACAGAGCCUUCACCAAGAACAUCAUCAAGUAUGAUCUGAAGAUGCGAUAUGUGGCAGCCUGGACACUGCUGCAUGACGUGGUCUACGAGGACACCACCCCAUGGAAAUGGAGGGGCCACUCAGAUAUUGACUUUGCAGUGGACGAAAGUGGCCUGUGGGUGAUCUACCCCUCCAUGGACUAUGACUACAACCAGCAAGAGGUGAUCAUCAUCAGUAAACUGGACCCUGGAGACCUGUCGCUGAAAAAGGAAACAACCUGGAGGACAGGUCUCAAGCGGAACUCCUACGGAAACUGCUUCAUCAUCUGUGGCGUCUUGUACGCCGUCAAUGUGUACAACCAAAAGGAAGGUGAGGUGAACUUUGCAUAUGACACCCACACCAACACGGAAGCCAUCCCACGCCUGCCCUUCACCAAUGAGUACUCCUUCACCACCCAGAUAGACUACAACCCCAAGGAGAAGGUUUUGUAUGCCUGGGACAAUGGACAUCAGCUCACAUAUCGGGUAAACUUUGUUGACCAGUGAGCACAGCUAGUUUGUGGUACACAUCACCUCCCUGUAGGCCUGCCAGUAUGGCACCUAAAGAGAAUGAAGAUUUUCAGUAUUUGACAGUCUAGAAGCAGCCAUAUUGGACUCAGGACAAUGGAUGAACCUUCACCAGCCUUCCAGUACCAAUGCACGCUAUUCAAACACCUGACCUCACAAAGUACCAAACAUACAUGCCUCAGUGUGUAUUGGGAUGUGACUGUACAAAAUGUCAAUAGAAUGGACAAUGAACAGUGAAAAUAAUCUCACAGGUUGAGUUAAAGCUCAUCAAGCAGAUCUAAGGAAAGCAUAGAUUUCACUGAGUAGAUGUUCAUUUACGAAAUGUCAGCAGGCUGGCUAACUAGCAGACAAAUAGCUAUAUAUGGUUAGUUUAAAAUAGGCAAACCAUGUGUAACAUCAUAAAUUGGUUUGUAUAGGUACACUUUUAGUGUUGUGUUCGAUUUAUAACUAGGAUGUUAUUUUAGUCGUUUCUGAGGCUUGAAAACUCAAAUUUUGGUGGAAAUAUGAGCAGUGGCUGAGUGCAAUGGGUGCACGUCAGUUGAACAGAUACCCAAGAUUUGCCUUACUUCAUCCUACCUGAACGCUGUUAUAUUUUUUCUUUUUCAGAGAGGAGUGUUCUUGAAGUUAACAUCUAAUGCAGCAUGAGAAAUUACCAUUUACUUUCAGUAUUCAGACAUGUUUGCUGUCACUUGGUUUGAACUUUGAAGCUUUGAAACCUGAGCACAUUGGCUUGAUUUCUUUCAUAGGCAUGCAAAGAAGGCAGUGAGCAA